AUGAAGUCCAACCAGGAGCGCAGCAACGAGUGUCUGCCCCCCAAGAAGAGAGAUUUCCCAGCAAGCACUGUGGACGAGAGGCCCCUUGUGAUGGCGCCCACCAGUGAGAGCCAGCGCGGAGAAAACCUGGCAUGGCUGGCCAGCGUAGCCAGCGGGCACAGCAGCGGGCACGAUAGAGACAGUGGCGGAGGUGGCGGAGAUGGCGUAGAUGGCGGUAGAGGUGGGCAGCGUACCAGCACUCCCAGUGAGUCUGACGGGCCACAGUACAAACCGCUAUGCUCCACCAUCACCACACACACAGACUUCCUGGUCCCUUCCUCUAUCUGCUCCAUCUCCUCCUCUUCAUCACAUCAGCCCAGAGUGGUGACCACAUCCCUCCCUGCCAUGUACACCUCUCCUCUGUCCCAACCAGGAGGGGCCAUCCACUACACCCAGCUGCCCCCCAACCUCCAGUUCAUCAGUUCCCCUUACACAGGCCCCUACGCUGGCUACAUCUCCUCCCAGCUCCUCCCUCCCCCGCCACCCACCUCCACAUCCCAACGCUCCCACCCUGACCCCUACCCCAACACCACCAUUACCUCCCAGUCCCAGAUCUCUAGUUCCUCUCUGAGCGUGGCCCCCCAGACUGCCCCCUCGCCCCACAGUGGGACCCACCACCUGCCCCUGCACCUGCAUCCCCACCCCCAACACACCCUGGCCCUCAGCGGGGGCUCCCAGGUGCUGGUCCAGUACGCGGGCCCCGGCCCCGAGGGGCACCUGACUAAGAGAGAAGAGGGCCGGCCCAGGGAGCUGCACAACGGAGAGCUGGAGAAGAGGGGCCGCUAUGAGAGAAAGGAAAGCAAAGGAACCCCCUCCUCUUCUUCCUCCUCCUCUUCCUCUCAGUACCACCAACUCCACCAGCAGCAGAGCUCACAGCAUCACUAUGAGGCCUACACCUCCCAUGAUGCAUCAGGGCUACGGACCUCUCUAAUGCUAGUGCCCAACAGCCACGGAGGACCAGACCACCACAGCCCCAACAAACUACCGCCCUCCUCUGCCUCGCAUGCAGAGAAAGGCAGCCUCCUCUUGGGUAAACCUGUGUCCUGCACCCCCUCCUCCUCCACCUCCUCCACGUUCACCUUCCCCCCUCCGCUCAGUGUGGAAAGUCUGAAGGCGGCUGUCAGCUCCCUGUCCCCUCACACCCACACGGUCAUCCAGACCACACACAGCGCCAGCGAUGCGUCGCCCCUCUCCCUGGGCCAACUCUCCACCAACUUCUACCAGUCUGGCCCCGGCGGGCAGCCCAUCAUCGGCUACCUGGCUGGGAGUGCAGGGGGGCAGCAGUACCACACCAGUCUGCCCCAGCACCUGCUUAUCCCAAGGGCCCCAGGGUCUCAACCUAUCAUCAUCCCCGUCAGUGGGGCCGGGGUCACCAGCCUGGAGGCUGCCCAUGCUGCCCACAUAGCCACCACAACCCAACCACAGCCCUUCCCCACCACACUACCCCACGCUUACGUCACCACCACUACCAACCCUAAACGUAACCCCAACCCUAAAGAUGAGCAUCUAUUCGAGGUCCCGGCGCCCUAUCCCCCUCUCUCCCACCCUGCCGGGGGCACUGUAGUCCAGGCCCAGCUACACCUCCCCGUGGUCCCAGCCCCCCCGGCCCCCUCCUCAGCCCCCUCGCUGCCUCCCUACUUCAUCAAGGGCUCCAUCAUCCAGCUGGCGGACGGGGAGUUGAAGCGCGUGGAGGACCUGAAGACGGAGGACUUCAUCCAGAGCGCUGAGAUCAGCAGCGAGCUGAAGAUAGACUCUUCGACCGUGGAACGCAUCGACGGCAGCCACACGCCCAACUUCGCCAUCGUACAGUUCUCCGUGGGCGAGCACCGCGCUCAGGUAGGAGAAUACAUACUUUUUUUUUACUUAAUGAAGGCUAAAAAUUGUCCAAAUAAACACUAAUCAUGCUCAACAAUAGUAACAUUGAUAACAUUGCUAAUCACAGGUAAGGGACAGACAAGGUCCUUAAUGUCCAUGCUUAGAAUGACAUGAAAUUUUACAUCAAGAACACUUGGCAAUCAAUGUAUUUACAUCACGUUUACUCCAUAGACUAUUAUGGUGUUCUAUAGUCAGUUUCCCUCUUGUUUGCCACCUAUGAGGAUCCUACAUGCCUCAAACGUUUCAGAGUUCUAAGAAUACUUCUAAAUACUUCUCUCUCUACUAUUACAUAGGACACCUAUCUCCAUCCAUAUCUCCAUGUUACAUGCAACAACAAAGCUUGCUCAAACCACAUAGCUACUCAGCUAGCUGUAUAUAUGACCACGUGGGAUUGUCAUUAAUCAUUUUUUUCAGAUUUUCUUGUAUUCCAGUUUCUCUCGCCCUUUCUCUCUCUCUCUCUCUCUUUCUCUCUCUCUCUCACUCCCCCUUUCUCUCUCGUUCUCCCUCCCCUCUUUUCUUUCUCUUUCUCUCUUUUUCUCCCUCUCUCUCUCUCAGGGGGUCUGUGUUAAAAGCUCAUCAUCUUUUUCAUCUGUCUGUUCUCCGGUUUGGCCAACCCCUCAAACCAGCUUCUAACUAUCUCCCUCCAUUCUCUGUCUGAAACAUGGUCAGCCUCAGAGCAUUACUGUAUCAAAUACUUCCAUUCUUAUCUCUGUUCUCUCUUCUCAUUUUUUCUUUGAGGUGGUUUCUUCUCUGAGUUGAUUUACAGUAUAUGAUGUCUGAUGUUUAGCUUGUUUUUCUCCUGUCUGUUCUCUCUCUCUCCAUCUCUCCCUCGUCUCCUCUCAAUCUCUCAUUCUCUCUUCCCCUCUCUCCGCCAGGUGAGUGUGGAGGUGCUGCUGGAGUAUCCCUUCUUCGUAUUCGGCCAGGGCUGGUCAUCGUGCUGCCCGGACCGGACCACUCAGCUGUUAGAACUACCCUGCACCAAGCUAACAGUGGGGGACGUCUGCAUCUCCCUCACCCUGAAGAACUUGAGGAACGGCUCCCUGAAGAAGACGCAGCAGACCCAGAACCAGGCUAUUGAGAUCACUACCAGCUGCAAUAUGGGCUCCAUCCACGGGCCCCUCAAAUCCUCCAGGUCAGCCAGGCACGGGGAGCAGGAGAACGGGGUGGGCCAGAGAGGCUCCAGGAGUGGAUGUGGGAGUGUGGUGGUUGGAGCAGGUGGAGGUGUUCAGAUCGCCUCAGAGAAUGGGGAACUGAGGUUCGGCGCCGGGGGAGAAGCCAACUCGAAAGGAGGCCAGCCUGGAGAUUCAGAAUCCAGCGGUGGUGCCGCCAAGCCGGUGAGCCGCAAGAGGAGAUGGUCGGCCCCCGAGGGCCGUAAGGUGGAGAGGAGCGAGAAGGAGCCCCCGUUGACUCUGCCCAAACCUUCCUUUAUCACUCAGGAGGUAAAGAUCAGCAUCGAAGGCAGGUCAAAUAUAGGCAAGUAG